AUAUUGAAUUGACAGUCUCGCGGGAUCACAUGCUGUUAUGGAGACGUUUACACUGUUUCAAAAUGGCGGACCAAAGCUGUCAAAAAUAAAUUUCCAUUAAAAAUGUUACAUUAUUAUAAAUUGUGAAUGCAAAACUUGCUAUGUUGACAGCCAACAUGCCAACGAUAGAGGAAAGGGAAAACCUCAUGAAACCCCAGGACGUCCACCAUCCUGGAUUUCACCCUCGUCCCAUACAACGGCUGGCCGUAAGGAAACCACCAAAGACCAUGCUCAACAUUGAAUGUAACCAUUAUCUUCGUUCAAACACUGAAACGUUUGCACAUGGUCAUCCAACUGUUGAGUAUAAACUAUGGCUGGAGGCUGGGAAGCAUGAUGCUCCUUUUCCUCAGAGGCCAGAUGAAAGUUUUAAUGCAAAUGUAUGGAGAAACUUUCGAAGGCAGUAUGGUUUCCAUACAAGUGCUGGCGGCAAAAUGUCAGACAUUAUAGCAGCAAUGUAUCCGCUUAAUAUUCCCUCCCCCUCUAAAGUAGGUCAACAAACAUUUGAAAAGUACAUCAGAGAAACCAGACUGUUCAAUGACGAUAAAUUCAAGUCAAUGGCAAUGUCAAGAACUAAGGCAGACUUAGAGGAGUUCAGAAAACUGAGGAUCAAAAGUAUGAGUAGGAAUCCCCCAAUAGAUGAACAAGGUCAUAUUCUACCACCUGAGAAUUUCAAGAAGUAUGAACCCCACUUGAUAAAGCCUGUUGAGCGCCCGCCCACUCCUCCACCCGCAAACCAGAAGACGGACUCUCUUGGUCAGCGAUACGUACCAAAGUCCCGACCCCACCUGUGGAAGCUGUCAUACAAGAUUAACAACCCAGAGUAUGACUCUGUUAAGAAGGAGAUCAGAAAGAGAAAGGAGCUUGAAGGCCGGAUGAAGGAGAGAGAGCGCCAGAGUCCCGGUCACCAGAUUGGCCAGAUAGCCCCCUCCCCUGUCAACCCUCCAGCCUCUAUCACUUGAAUAGAAUACUUGAUAAUGAUAUAAUAUGUGGUCUAUGGUUCUUAUCAUGACUGUGUGAAGUGGUUUAACAUACCUAAGGAAGUGAUAUGAUUUUACUAAAACAGAACCUGUUGACAACUUUCAGUAUUUGCCAUGACAGUAAAUACUAUGAAACUCUAAGGAAAUUCUUUGUUUCUGAAUGGUGAACAGCAUUUAUAUUUUCUGUAAGAUCUCAUAAAUAAUAACAGCUCUCAAGUUUGAAACAUAGUAUUCUGUUUUCUGAUUCUCAUGUUAACCUUUUUGUGAUACUUUAAGAUAAUGGGCAUUCACUGCUGAACUACUCUUUAUAACUGAUAAUUGAAUUCCAUUAAAGGCUGGAUAAUUUAACAAGCUCUUUUCUGCCCAAUACUUUGUAGAAUUUCUAUUCAUGCUUUGAACACUCACCAGUAAGACUUUAUUUAGAUUUGUACACAUUUACUAGAAAUUGUUGUGUUCAUGAUCACUCUAAAUAAAUCAUGUUUUCAGAUUUUAUGUAUUUUAUUACAAUAUUUUAACAUACAUAUUUAUUGUUUCAGUUAUGUGUGCCUUACUUGAACUUGACCCAUAUAAGUGUUGAUGUGACUUACACUUGUUAUUGUUAAUUCAAUCUUUUGACACAUAUUUUAUGUUUAUUUUAUAAAAAAAACAUUCUUGCAAUACAAAGUAUAACAUUAGUGAAAUAUUAAUGAAGCCUUGAUCUUUUCUGUGAUAUGUUUAGGUAUGUUUUAUUUUUUGUCGAUGUAAAUAGCUGAAAUGAAUAACAUACCUUUUUAAAUCUUUGUUUUUUAUAACAUUACAUGUACCAUUAUGUUAGUUAU